CUUGCAUCCUCCCAGCCCUCACAAACCGGGCACUCACCGGUCGGUAAACCGCCGGGAGGUCCGCCGAGGCCACCCAUGGCCUCCCUGUUCGCCGGGAAGGUGCUGGUGGUGAACACCGGGGACCGGGACGAGGUGGAGACCGAGCGGGAGCUGGGGCAGGCCCUGGAGAACAAGGUGGUGCUGCUGUACUUCGGGGCGGCCGGGUGCCCGCGGUGCCGCCGGUUCGCCCCGGUGCUCAGGGACUUCUUCGUGAGGCUGACGGAUGAGUUCUACGUGGAGCGGGCUUCGCAGCUCGGCCUCGUCUACGUCUCCCGGGACGCCACCGCCCAGCAGCAGGACGCCUUCCUCAGGACCAUGCCCAAGAGGUGGCUGUCCCUGCCCUUCGGGGACGAGUUCAAAAGGGAGCUGGAGCAGCGCUUCGCCGUGUCCGACGUGCCCAGGGUGGUGGUGCUGAAGCCGAACGGGGAGGUCAUCGCUGGGGACGCCGUGGAGGAGAUCAGCCGCCUGGGCCCUGCCUGCUUCCGAAACUGGCAGGAGGCUGCCGAGCUGGUGGACAGGAAUUUUCUCUUGGCAGAGGAUUUCGAUGACUGGGCAUGGAGAAGCCUCACCGACCCCUUCCGCCGCCUCAAGUACAAGGUGGACAAGAGGACGGAGGCCGAGGAUGAAGAGAGGAAAGGGGAGGAUGAAGAGUCUUUGUAGGGGCUGACUUGGCUGGGGAGGUCCCUCGGGUUGCUGCCCCCAGCCUGGCUGCCUCUCAACAGUAACACCAACAUCUGUGUUACAAAAAUCUGCUAAAAUGGCAUUAGUGUUCUGAAAGGUAAAUUGUUCUGGGACAAAUGAGUUCUACUCCCUUGCACGUUUUUUCCUGAGCACACAUCCUUAGCAAGCAGCUCUCUGCUUCGCCCUUUCAAUUUCAACAGAUUUGUAUCAAGGUGACUCUCUGAGCAGCUAAGAGGGCAGUUUUACACCUUUGGGUGCAUGCUCGGUAACCAAAAAUUUGCUUAGGGAGCCUGCAGGGAAUCGUACAGCACCCACCCUCCCCUGUUAUAACCCAGGGCUCCGAAGGGCAGCAGCACAAUGGAAGGGAUUCGUUCCUUUGCUCCUUUCUGGGUUCUCCAUUAUAUCCCUGAGAAUUUAAAAUAGCUUUACAGGAUGCAUGAAGGACCUAGGAAGUAAUAUGCAUAUUGAAGAGAGGCUGUGCAAGGCCAGCUCGUUCAACUCGUUUUCUCACUUAAUCUUCCCUUCUCUUUACCCAGCAAGUCUGGCAGGUAGGCGAGGGAAGAAGUCCUGUAAAACAAAUGGAUGGGAGGGACGCUGCGUGAUGCACAACAAGCAGGGUGCUUCCUUUUCAAGACGCUCCCUGUAUUCUCUGUGGCACAUGGACACCCCACGAAGGGAUGCAAAUAAAAUCCGAGAGUCCUUUCGGGCCACCCACCUGCUGGACGAGUGAAAUUCCACUGUCUGGUGUGCUCCGAUGGUCAGUAAUAAAGCAGUACUCCAUUUACCUGGGGCAACGUCUGCUUAGUAGGGCAAACGCUCACAGCUGUAUUAAAAAAAUAAAUAAAUCACCAAAAAAAAGGGAUAUGGAGAAAUAAGAGGGAGGCAAAGGGCAAUGUUUUCACCCAUAAGUGCUGCCCAUGUGAGUGCUGUGGCUAUUAACUGGCAGUCCGGUUGUGCUUCUCGCCCCCGUGGGAGUCUGAUGUCAAUAAAAGGACACGCCACACCAAAAUUUACGUAAAGUAAAAUAAAGUGGGGACUUUUACCAGCCCUACUUUUUUUUUCUAAGCACGGUAUUUUUAUUAUUUUGGGUUCAAAACCAAAAAUUACUCUUUUCUUGGUUUAGUGUGAUGAGGAAAAAAAAAAAAAUAUACAGGCCAAGAAAGGUCCACUGAGCAACUGUGAAAAGUGAAGCUGCUGACACUGGGAAGUGCUGCUAACAUCAUCGUUCUAAUAAAGAGAAACUAGA